AUGAAUAUCGAAUAUCCAAGCAAUGCUACCGAUUAUGCAGGGCAACAAACCAGUCAGCAUUUUCCUUCUCAAACUAAAUCAGAAGAGAAUGAUGAUCAGCAUAAACCGACAAGCGCCGAUUUUCUAGGCUUUAACGUUCAUUUUGGUGAUCAAUUAGAGCCUCAACAAACAUCAGGCAGUCGAGCAAGAGCUAAGCGAUGGACGCCAGAAGAAGAUCAGAAGCUGCGCGAUGCAAUCACACAACAUGGUACAACAAAUUGGCAAGCAGUUGCUACAAUGGUUGGCAAUGGAAGGGCUAGAUCACAAUGCAGUCAAAGAUGGAAUCGUGUUCUUAAUCCUGAAAUCUCAAAGGCCAAUUGGUCUAAAGAAGAAGAACAGAUACUUAUCAAAAGCGUAGAACAAUAUGGCAAUAAAGCAUGGACUAGAGUCGCUCAGCAACUUGGAAAUAGAACGGAUGUACAAUGUCGUUUCAAAUAUAGAUAUUUAAUGAAAAAAUUCGAUCAAGCUAACGCUCUAGCAGCUCAAGAACAACCGCAACAAAUGCCUAAAGAAACAGAUACGGUUUGA